GAAUUGAGUAGCGUUGUAUAAGUUAUCUUAUGUGUAUUGACGUUUACGUGAAACUUGUGGCUGUUGACUAUUGAAUUUGAGUUUCAAUCUAUUGUAAAGCUCGCUUUUUUUGGCAUUAACGUUUUUAGAUAAUACUACUGAUUUUCGAAAAGUAUUUUGAUAUCUGUUUUAUGUUUGACUCCAGGCGUCAUUUCGAUAUGGACGAAUUUUUUCAAAGUAGGAAAACUAAAAGAGAAGAUUACGAGGAUGAGCCAUCAAGAAAAGAGCAACGAACUUCAAACCAGCUGUUACUAUUCUGUGACUUAAUAUUAAAAUAUGAGAAGUAUAAACCACACAAAGAGGAGAUGCAUGACAGUGCAUAUUCCCCAAGUAGCUCAGAAAGAAGUGCUGAUAGUUAUUCAUCUGAAAGCAACAGCAGUUUUACCAGUAACAGAAUCUCGAGUGAAAAUGGGAAAGGCCACAGCACUGAUACAGAUGAUGAUUCAUGGGACUUGAUCACAUGCCACUGCAUGAAGCCUUUUGCUGGUCGCCCCAUGAUAGAAUGUACAAUGUGUGAAUCUUGGAUUCACAUGUCAUGUGCCAAGAUCAGACGGAACAAUAUCCCUGAAGAUUUCAUUUGCCAAUUGUGCAGGGAAGCAAAAGGAAGUAAGCGCCGCUCUGAAAGGAUACGAAGCGAUGAUAGACGGUUGCUGGCAUGAGAAUGUGUCCAGAGACUUAUGUUCAUAGUUGUGAAUUGUUAAAACUCUUUAUCCUUUUUGUAUAUAGUUUUUAAGUCAUGUGCAUAUAUCAUUUAGUUUUUGUUUUGUGUAAAUGUGCGAGAAUUAAAACUGCCAUGUUUCUGAUGCAUGUGUGAAAUUUUAUGUAUAUUUAAAAAUUUAAAAACAGGUGGCUAAAGAUAUAAAUCUUUAUAUAAUACUUAUAGUUUUCUUCUUGCAAAAAAGGAUGAAAAUAAAUAUCUUCAGAGGUAUUUUUAAGGAAGAGUAGGAUAGAAUUUCAUAAUUAGCGAUUCAAAUUUAGAAAAAUCUCUAAUUUUCGUCCUGGUGUAAAUCUGCAACGCAAUAUUGCUCUCAACUUCAACAUCUCAGAAAGUUGAAUGGAAGUAUAAACUAAUAAAUAUUUAACUUCUUGAUUUUAAAGAAAUGAAUAGAAUCAAAAAUGGCAUUCAAAAUUCAAAAAAUAUAUUCUUUGUUUUAUAAUGAAUUGUUUAGUAUAUCAUUACUUAAACUUUUGAUUUUCCAUUCAAUAACUUGUAAAUAUUUUGAGAAAACCAUUAAAACUAUGAUGAAACAGCAUCUAAUAAUUUUCACGAAAGUAAGUAAUUUUUGACUAAUAGAUUAAGAAUAUUAACUUUUUUAAAGAAUCAUUCUUUCAAAUAAUAAGAUUUAGCUCUCUUAUUUUAUUUAUUUCUUUUCUAUGUUGAUGUUGUUGCCAGUUAAAAACUAGUUUUUCACUUACUUGAAAUAUAACUUUGUGCUGGAAAAUAGACACAAGUCAAAAAAAAAAUGUACCAGUAAAACUUUUUUCCUGUUCAGCUGUUAGCACAAAUUCGCAACUCCAAUCAACUAUAGGGGGCGCUGCAGCCACUAUCUAAUGGCGGAUGAAAAGGGUAAAACAAACAAAUGCCGUAACUUGCUUUGACGCUUUGUGAAUGACAGUAAUCUUUCAUCGUGUUUGUGGGAAGCUUUCUUUUCUAUUCUCCUGAAAUUACAUUACACCAUAAACUGUUUGAAGCCUGUAAUUUACCCCAAAGAAAGCACAUGGAAUGGACUGUUUUACCUUUUUCGGUAAUAUUUUCAAUCACCUCAAGGUAGCGCAUUCGAACUUUGAAGUUGCUAAUAGGGAAGUGAAUCUAGUUUCUGGAGAUUUUUAGUUUUACCAUUUGAUAUUUCUUCUUUGUGGCUUUCUUACUCAAUUUUGUCUAGAGAUACAGUGGAGGAAUAAGGCAGAUUCUCCUUUCUUAUAGAAGUUUUUAUUAUCUUUCAAAUUUUUAAUUAAUUUUUAAAUCAUCUAGUUAAUCAAGUAAAAGCAAAAAGGAACUGAUGAAAUUUUUUGAAGUAUUAGUUUUUAUUGAAUUAAAUUCUUGCUUUCCUCAAUGUGAGGUCUUUAAACUAUUUUAAUGUUCUUCAUUUUACAAAUUUUCGAAUUCUUUUGAGAAUUUUGAAUAGUAUCAUGAAAAUAUGAAGAGUUUUAAAUAAAUAUCCUUUUUAAACUUGUAAAGAUAAAUACCAAAUUUUUGAAAGUACGCCAGCAUUGCCUACAUCCUUGGAAGAGAAGGGCAUAGCUAAUUAAUUUCAAUUUUUUUUGUACCCUGCAAAUAUUUCUUAUUUCCUUGUCUUGCUGAAGGUUUGACACUUUCAAUUAAAAAAAGAUAACUAAUUCCAUAAAACAAUGAUGUUGACUCUGAAAUUGUAGUUACUACAUAUUCAGAAGAAAAACUUUCAAGGGCAAAUGAUACGAUUUCGGAUGCAAAACAAUAAUAACAUAAAUGGUAAUGAAGGAAUAAACGCUUUUAAAAAUCCAACACUUUAAAAUUUUCUUAACAUAUUUUUAUACAAUCCAGUAAUAGAAAAGAGAAAGAAAUAGACACUUGUGUACAAAUGGUCAAAUACAAAUAAGUGAAUGGUUUCCAUUAGAGAUUUUUUUUUCUUCAAUUUUUGCUACUUAAAAAGCAUGGAUUACAUUGCAUACUUUACAUGUUAGAAAUAUGAAGUAUCUAAUUUAUUAAUUUAUCAAGUAUAUUGCUCUGUCAGUUUAUUGAAACCAUAAAUUAAGAAAUACAAAUUUCACAAAUUGUACAAGUUUUUCUUUACUGCAUGCAUUCAGUUACAUAUAUUGUGAAGUAAGAAGUUAACAAAUUUAUGGUGCUGAGAACUCAUGAAGUUUCAAUGCAUUUACUUAUUGUAAGAUAUAUUAUAUUUUAUACAUGUAUAUUACAUGUGUGAAAAGUGCUUUUUUUUAAUGUUUCCACUAGUUUAAUUUUGCAAGUGUAAGAGGUUUUUAAUUUAAAUGUUAAAGUAAUGAAAUGUUAUCACAAUUGGAUUAUUUUGUGGUAUCAGUUCCAUACUAAUAAGUCUGUACUUGUGUAAAUAUAUUGUGCACAUACUAGUUAAAGCUGAAAUUCUUUAAUAGUAUAUUUGUUUCUAAAACUGUUGAAAAUUUGCCUGUGAGCUUACAGUGUUUGUUACUGUAGUUAAUACAUCAAAUUUUCUAACACUUAAAUUUGAGUUUUAUAUGGUGUUAUUAGUUAGAACUUUAAUUGUGCCAGUUUAUGUGUAAAGCUGUAGAGUUUUUCAUAUCUGUACUUUGUGAUAUUCAAAGUACUUUUUUACGUCAUAAUAAUCAAAUGACGCACAAACUAGUUAUGCCAGUGAAUUCAGCCAUAAAGGAACUUAUGAAGAAGUUCCUUGUUUAUUUUUCUCUAAUUUUUUAGAAUGAUUUUAGUUCCUGUCUUUAAACAACUGUUGCAAUGAGAAAUGGUAUGUUUCAAAAUAAUGUUAAUCCACAUGGGUGUCAUGAUUGUUUUUAAAAAAAUAUGAUAUUUUUGUAUAUGUAUAUAUGUUACUAAUACUAAGUCCGAAAUGUGGUAAAUGUCAAGAUUAGCCGGUGAAUUUCAACUUUCACAUAUCGCACUCCGGCUAGGAAAGUGACACAACUCAGUUUUUGAAAAAUGAACUAACUGUUGAUUUAAAAUUUAAAUUUAAUUUUUUUUUGGAGGGGGAGUGUCCCGAAACUUGUACAGAGUUAGCUUAUUAACUGGUGCAUGGUGGCAUAAAAGCAAUAUAAUCAUCAGUGAUAAAUCGUUAAAAUUUCAUAAUUAAAAAAAAAUUGCAUUAUUGAGACUAAAAAAACUAUUAAAUAUGUUAAGAGAGUAAUGUAAUGCUUACCUUGAUUUUCUCAUUUUUUUAGAAGGGGGGGGGGGUCACUUUUCUUGCCAGGUUGCGAUAUAAAGACAUCGGUGGUAGACCAAAUAUUUCUGGUGAAUCACUGCUGAGAGACAAUAUUCUCCAAUUUCGAUCUUUCAGGGUAACAUAUACAGUAUGUCAUGUUUAACCUGCAAGAGCACUAUCUGUGCAACCGUUACUCCUACAAUAUUGCCCUGCUAGAAGAUCACAGAUAACAGUAAUACAUGCCUACAUUUUUUUUCUUCAUGAAAAAGUGUUUCAAUUUUAAUAGGUUAGGUGCCAUAUAGUAAAUGGGGUGUGCUGAUCACAAAUCUGAGCUUAGUUUUUUUCCAGCACGUCAGGUUUUCAAGAAAAGUGUGUUUGAAAUUUUUCAUAGAAAAUACCAAAAAUACUGAGAGAAUAUUUAUUGAAACUAUAUUUAAAAGAAAAUUCUUACAAAAUUGAGUUGUUCAUAAAAAAAAACAAUGCAGUUUUAUCCACGUUAGAAAAUUGUUGGGGUUCUUUUAAAAAAUAAAAUAAACAUCAUCGGUUUUCUCGUUUCAACUUUCAUCUGAAUUCUUGGUCUAUCAAGCACAGAUUGUGUAGCAGACGGUAAAUCAGGAUACUGAAUUGUAUUUUUCGAAUUGAAACCCUUGACAUCGCAGGAGCAAAAGUAACAGUCGUCUCCAUGGUUUUUUGGUUCUCUAUACGAGUAUACCAUAGAAAUGAGAAAAGGUAAAGAGCCACAUGUACCUUUUCUUAAUUUUCUCAGUAGUUAAGCACACUUUGUGUGGAGCCCAAUGUUAGUCCUGAUUACCAAGCUUUAUACCAAAGUAAGCGUGAUAAGCUUUAUUGAUAAAUACUGCUAAGUUUCGUUGAACUUUAAUCGUUAAAUCACCACACACGUAAAAAAAAUGUAUCAGAAUUUUUUUUAACACUUUCUUGAUGACAUUAUAACGCACUAAAUACUCAGAAAACAAAAUACAACUCGGUUCUACAAACAACUGACACUAUUUCGUAAACAACUACUGAUGCCUUCAGUUAGUUGACUUUGACAGAUGCAAAAAUGAAAAAGUGUUGCCACUGAAAGGAAAUAAACAUAACAUUAUUCUAAAAUAUUUUUAAUUGGUGUAUCAAGGCUUCAUCAGGGGUCACUAGAGAUUGAGUAUACCAAAAAUCAACUCUGGGGGUCUUCAUAGGACUGAGAUACAGAGGGGUGAAGACCCCAACUUGUUCUGUCAUGUAAACUGUCCUUAGUCGCGCGUUUAUUUUCUUUCGUCUUUCUUGAUGAUAAAUAUUUAGCUUUGUUGGUGGCCGACAUUUAGUUUUCUUGACGGUAGGACAUUUUGAAGAAAUAAUUUCAAUAUAAUUCAGGAAAUAUCAAGAAGGUACUUUUUUACUUUAGUACAAACUGCCUCAUAAGGUUUAUUUAAUUUUGUGAAAAAUCUGGGUGUGAUGGGCUCAAACCAAAUUCAUAGUCAAAAUAGGCAUGCACACAUUAGCUAAGGAAACUUAUCAAAUUCAAAACACCAAAAAACAUGUAGGCCUGUGUAAUUAUUGAAGCAAAAAACAGUAUAUAUAUUUAUACUUUUCAUUGCUAUCCAAAAAAAAAAGGAAAUAAAACGUACUACAAAACCUCCUACAAUAUGAGGAAAGAAGUCAAACUUAAUUAGCUGCUAUAUGGCCCCUGAACACCAAGAGUGUAAAGUGCUUUAAGGCACAAAACUUUGUUUCAUAUCUCAGUGAAUAUUAGUUGUAUUGAUGUCAGUCUCUCCCCCCCCCCCCGAGUUUUUUUAUGCUUGUGAUUUCCCUAAAUAAGUAUAAAUGAGAGGAAAUAGAAUUUUUCUUUUUUCUUCAUUUUUUUUUUUUUUUAAUUUGCAACUUUUAAGUAACUGCAUGUUAUAUUUGCGAUUUCACGUAUCUAGGACUAACUGUGAAAAAAGAGGGUCUUGCAGGUUAAACAAGAUACGCUGCAUGUAUAUAUAUAUAUAUACAUAUGAGGCAGCGAGAAGCAAAGGAAUGCAAGUGGCAAAAUUAAAAAUUUGGAGAUAGCCAGUACUAAUGGUAUAUGAACCUCUCCACUGUCUGGGGGCAAGAGAUUGUACUAGUAGCCCUGGUAGGAGCUGCUGUAUAGCAUGAUUUAGAAAAAAAAUUCAAUGAAAGCCUACCUGAUCUUUAAACGUGUUUUACUUGAAACUUAAAAUAGUCCACUUGCAUCCCUUUGCUUCUCACUGCUUCAUAUGCGUUAUUAUUCCACAUUGGAUUAGUGCAAUGGCUAUGAGGCUGAUUUUGAUUACUUUCAAAUUUUAUUCUUAACUUUUGUUGUGGGGAAGAUUUAUAUAUAUUAAAUUUUACAGCUUUUUAGUUAGUUGGAUUAACACUUUUUUGAAAACUCUGUAUAUACUGUACCCAAAAUCUGUAUAUUUUUGUCAUGUUUGCAAACUGUUACAGAAAAUUUGCAUCAUUUUGAAAAUAAAUUUGAAUAUGUAUAUUUCAUUGCAAUAUUAAAAGUUGAUGUAAAAGAAUAUUUAAAGUUGACGCUACUACUGUUUUAUUUUAUGUUCAUUGAAAGACAUUAAAGACUGA